AUGCAAUCUACACCUAAAGCAACGGCUGAUGAAUCAGUUCAAGGCAAAGUUCAUCCCGUAUCAAAGAGUACUUCGAUGGUUGUGAAGAAAUUAGUGCAUAAUACUCCCAUGCCUCUCGAAAAUCGCCAAAUGAACGAAAGCGAAAUAAAAAUAGAAAAAAAAGAUUCGAAAGAAAGUGAGAAAUCGAAGAAACCACAGUUACAAAAUGAAAGCUUAACGAAUUUAGAACAUGAACAUUCCAAGCCUGAAACCGUGAAGUUAAAAAAUAUCGAAGUUAAAAUGGAAAAAGUUAAAGCAGAAGACAAUAAGUCACAAAACACAAACACGGCAGAAAUUCAAACCAAUGUACAAACCAACACCGAAACUACAGUAAUUCAAACCAAUGUACCGAAGUGCAAACUGAUUCGAGUUGCCGAUAACGUACAAAAGCCUUCGAAUGUUGCUGUUCCUCGAAAAUGUCCUCCUCUCUCGGCACCACUUUUAAGUGAACGCCCACUUGUUUUAACAACGCAUCUCGUUCCUUCGCUACCGAUUAGCUUGUUCCAAGUACUUGUAGAAGCAAUCGAAGUUGCUACUGAAAGACCAGUAGUAUUGCUAUACGAGCCUAGAACUGACAGACCAGUUGCAAAAGAAAUCACGGAUAUUGCUAUUUUACCAGCAAGUGAAGAAUGGAAAGACAGUGAACUUCUACCCGCAAGUUUCUGUUUCGAACAUCAUCUUAAUAAAAGCAAUUCACCCUGUGUUUAUGCUGAUGUUGUUGUAGCUGCAGACUGUGCUUCGCACAUAAACGAUAUUACAGACCUUCGCGGUCAUAGAUGUUCCCUUCCAGAUCGAAAGAAGAAGAUUGGAGCGGCUGCAUUGUUAUUUAAUUAUUUAUAUACCAAAGGAGAAAGUCCAGCCUUUUUUGGUAACACUCUCGAUGCUGAUACACAAGUUGCUACCUUACAAAUGGUUGCAGGAAAACAAGCAGAAAUUGGAAUUUUAGAAUCUCCUGUUAUUAAAUGUCAUAAAGAUAUACUGCCGGGAAUUGAUUUAUUACAUAUUUUAACGAGUUUGGGACCUUUGCCACCCUAUCGCAUCAUGGUAAAAAAGACACUUGCAGAUGUCAUUGUGAAAAAAAUCACAGCUUAUUUACUAAAUAUAGAUCAAGACAGAAAAUGGGUAGACAGAUUUUCUCCUUUUGGUUUAACGGGUUUUACGAAAAAUUUUGAAAAAUUUUACGAACUCUGUGAUCUAAAAUCCGUAGUUACUAACGUACCAUACUACUAAAGACUACGUUAUACUUAUUGAACUAUUUAUGGCCAUACAUGUAGCACAUAUUGUUUUUAUACUUCUUUGUAUUUCCAU